GUGCUUCCUGCCUUGCUGAGGGAGGGGACGGUGCUGACGGCUGGGAGGACGAAAGGAGAGACGAGAAAGCUUUUGGGAAGACAUAAGAGAGUGGGGAACGGCCCGGGUUUCCACCGUCCGUCGGGAAAUAAACACCCCAGUUUUCUGUAGCUGCUGGAUUUGUCACCGAAUCGGCGCUAAAAAAAAAAUGUCGACCAGUCGUCAGCUUAGCGAGAGCAGGGCCAUCCCGACCAAGACGGUGUUGAUCAACGACACAACGCAGCUACCUCAUGACUAUUGUACCACUCCCGGAGGCACUUUAUUCGCUACCACUCCUGGAGGAACCCGGAUCAUCUACGACCGUAAGUUCCUACUGGAUAGGCGCAAUUCUCCCAUUGCCCAGACUCCCCCGGCUCACCUGCCUGUCAUCCCUGGAGUGACCAGCCUAAACGUCUUGAGUGAGAACCAGAAGAAUGAAGCCAACCACCACAUCAACAACCAUGAUGGCAAACCCACAACUGGUGAUGACGCUCAGUUCGAAAUGGACAUCUAACCUACUGGAACCACACCAGCAAAAGGAAAUAACCUGGCAACACGCGUGCCAGUGGCUUGGCUUGUAGAAACCAAUGUCGUGAGCCCUCAUGGCAGCCAUCUUCUUUAGCUCUUUGUCUCACUGCUGGAUGUAAUGUGUGUAAACCAUGGGGAUUCAGUAUAUCAUACAGGUACAGUGUGGCCAAUGCUGGAAACUAGGUUUAUUUAAAUAGAUUUCCAUGGUUACCAGUUGCAGUACAAAUUAACUUCACAACAAGGGAGCGGCCCCCGAAUACUCAGACAAAUUAGUCCAAUUUGUAGAUUGCAGUGCUCAUCUCACAGCUGCCUGAGUCCUCAGCAGAGCUGUGAAACUGGUGGGUAACAUUUCACGCUAAUUGGGAGAGGAAGUGGUCAUUUCUAGUCUUGGCCUUGGAAUCAAUCAAAAGCUUUGAGAUUCACCAGUCUUUGGUUUUGACGGCCCUUGUUAACAUGAUAUUUAAGUGAUUUUUUUUUUUUUUUUUUUUUUUUUUUUAAUUGUUUUGGAACUACUUGAAAAGCCUCUCAAUCUGUUAUCAGUUGGACUCUUUAGUUUCCAGUGAUGGUUUGUAAAAGGAUGCUGUAUUUUUUAAUUAGGUGAAUAAUUUCACGCCAUUCCAAGACUUUAGUCUUCAUUACCAACACAAGCAUUCAUACGUUUCCAGUUUCCAAGGUAAAAACAAAAUUUUUUUUCAAUUUAAUUUUUUUUUUUUUUUACAAUUUUAGCCUGCGAUUGAGCUUUUUUGGGGUUUGUUUAUUUGUUUUGUUUUUAAAUUGUAAAAUGAUUGUAUUUCCCAGCUUUAGGUAAAUCCCACUGUUAGGUCUCAACCUGACAAGUGACAAAUGAGCUUUUGAUUUAGUUACAUUUCAGUAUAACAAUAUAAAGCCACUGAAUUCAUCACUGCUGUGGCCUCGCUGUGAUUUUUAUUUUCACAUUUCUCUUCUGCCAAAAAAACCAAAAACAAAACAUUUUUACUACACUUUGAUCUUGUUGUGUUGGCAGGAGCUUUGCAUUCAUAAUUUGAUAAGUCUAAGGAUAGUUGGCACCGUGUGCUGGGAGCUUUUUUUUCUUGGCUAUCCAAACCAGAUACAACAUUUAGACGAACAUGGAAACAGUUAAUAUCCCACUUUUAUUUUGGUGAGAUACAAGAUGAUUUUGGAGAACUUGAAAUAAUCCAGAUGUUUUUAUAUGCAUUUUAUUUUUAAUACAGUUUCUUAGGCUUGAGUGUAUCUGUUUGGGUAUAUAAGCACUGUCAAGCCUGUGGAUUUGUUGGAAAUGUUAAGCAGCCAGAAUACAUUGUUUGCAUCAGGCUUGACGGAUGCUGUAAUCAACAAAUCUGUCCCCAGUGUCCUUAAUCCAUUUUAGAUUACCUUUUUCAUCUCACGAGUCAUGCCUGCCCAUGCCUUACUUUACAUGAAAUGCAGUAACUAGGUACCUUGUCAUCAAUUUGUAAUUUCCACAGAUGUUUAUUUUUUCACUGCAACAUUGAACAGGUAACAUUGUACUUGGCAAUUGAGCAAAACGAAUACUUUUUAUUUUUACGGGAUUUCUUUCCUCAUACAGCUGUGAAGUUUGGAAGUGCAAUGGUAUAUAUGGGAUAUUGAAGUUGGCAUUGUUGGAGUGCUGCAUACUCAUUAUGUCCAAAUAAUUUUAUUUUUUACACCAUGAAUCAUAGUCCUAUCUGCUAGUUGUACUCUGUCCAAGUAGCAGCUCUGAACUUGGUAAAUGACUCAACAUGUAGUUUGUUUCUCAGUAAGACUGGAACCGUUGAUGUCUGUCAAGUUUUUUUUUUUUUUUUUUUGCCGUUAUUAACUCUGGCUAUGUUUGGUGACAAAUACAUGAUGGGGUUUCUUGAACCCAGUUUGCAUUGCACAGUUCUUUUUUUGUUUUAAAUUUCUUUGGAGAGAAGUCUUUAUAUUACGGCAUUAUAAUUCACAUGGCAGAUUUCUUUCAACUGAGUUCAGUUUCACAAAGAGGGCUUAACAUUAUGCUUUGAGAGACAAAUUUGAAACAAACUUACUGUAACCUUUUUGUUCUGAUUUUAAAUGACUUUGUUUUAAAUGAAACUCCAAUGCCAGUGGACACUGUUGCUGCAAGAUCAAUAAAUUCCGUAACAAAGAAAAACAAGAAUUUUUUUUUU